AUGUUCCCUUCAACUCUACCUCAUCAUUAUUUGGAGUGUCAUAACAUUCCAUCGACAGCAAAGGUAACUGCAACGGCAACACCAAUAGCAAUAACAACAACAAGUAAUGAUGUUGUAGUAAAGGAAAAAGCGGCACUGUUGAAUAAAAGGUACCGUGGUGAGUUAUCAAUUCUGGAGAAGUAUUUUUAUGAUCUCAGUCGAGCGCAACUUAAAGCAAGUUCACGAACAUCAGCUUUACUAGCAGGUUUUGCUAUGGUCGCUUUGGUGGAAUUGCAAUAUGAGCGAACGACGCCACCUUUUUUGUUAAUAACACUUGGAGUGGUGACCACACUUCUUGUUUCCGUUCAUCUCCUUGCAUUAAUGAUGUCAACAUGUAUAUUACCUUACAUCGAAGCAAAUGGUUGUACGCAAGAUUCACCUCAUAUCCGGUUGAAGUUCUACAUCGAUCUAUCAUGGUUAUUUAGUACAUGUAUUGGUUUAAUAUUGUUUCUUAUUGAAAUUGGUAUAAUAUUUUUUGUGAAAUUUUAUGCGGUCAAUUAUAUUACUGCUGCUUAUAUUACUACUGCUAUGCUCGUACCCGUUGUAGUGGUAUUUACAAUAUUCUCAUGUCUUAUACACAAAAAUCGAUUUAUUCAUUCUAUAAAUCGUGUGGGAUCAAAAGCAAUUGAUUUACAAAAAUUUCUAAGCGAAAAUAAUGCAACGAUAUCGAAUAUUCCGAAUGCUACACCUGUUGAACGACAUCUGGUAGGUGCUGGCUUACAAAGCAUCCGAGUUAUUCAUCACUGA